CCAACCAGCCAAGUCCAAAUGUGGGGACUGUGAUUUUUUCCGACGGUUCCGUGAAGGCAGCACUCCACCCUUCCAGACUGUGAGGACGCUGCCAUGUCUGCACAGCACUGACACACCACCCUGCAGCACAGACACACAUUCCAAAUACACUACCCGGCCUGCAACACGUUCCAGACACACUACCCUGCAACACAACCCACACCCAGCACAGACGGACUGUGCACAGAGGAGAUGAUGUGGACUGUUGUGAUGCUGCUGGCUGCUGCCGUCAGUGUGGAGUCGUUUACUAGCCAUGACCAUGAGCGUUUAGCGCAUGGUCGCCAGCUGAAGAUCUACCUGUCAAAGAGUUGUGAGAAGCUGGAGUUCAUCCCAGCAGAUAAUCCCAGAAGGACUUCCGUCUACUGGGAGAAAGGCAGGACCAGUUUGAGCAAGGGCCGGAUGUCUGGCACAGGUACUGAUCGACGCUGGUACAUUGAGAAGGUGACUUAUGAAGACCAGGGGACGUACAUCCAGAGGGAUUUCUGGAAUAAAGAGAUCUCCACAUUCAAAGUGGCUGUCACAACCAGACGUAACUAUUUGAAGUGUGUAGCGGGAGAUAGUCUCUACGUCCCGCUGGAGGGCAUCGACUUGGCCGAUGCUGGUCUCGUCUUCUCUGGAGAGGGCGCUAACGUUACACUGGUGCGCGAUGGUGCUCCGGUGUCCCAGGACCUUCCAGAUUACUGGGACCGGGUUCAGACCCACUCCUUGAAUAUUGAGAUCAAACAUGUGAACUACAGUGAUCAAGGACAAUACUCCCUGAUGGACCGCAAAGGCCGACUGGUGUCUGUAACCAGGAUGGACUUGACAGACCGCCGGGAGGCCACAGACGGAAACCCCCUUUUGGCUCUGCUGUUACUGCUCGGUAUCCCAGCUGGGAUUUGCUGCUGCUGUCGUAAGAAGAUUUUCAAGAAGAAAAGCACGACUGCUGCGACUCUUCAGAUGACACCAGAUACAGUCCAUGUUCCUCCUGGUCCCGUUGGACCUUCUCCUCCGUACUGUGCUCCUGGACAACCAGGGCCGGUGUACUACCAAGGCCCUAACCCCGGCAUGGCUCCUACAGUCUAUCCUCCGCCUCCAGCUGCUGGUCAAGGACAGUGGAACGGCCCCCCACCCUCCCCUGGUUUUAACCCAGCUUACCCACCACAGAACCCUGGCUAUCCUGUUGGUCCAGCUAUGGGCGUCCCUGCCCAGCCUCCACACUGGAAUGGUCCACCACCAGGCCAGUAUCCCCCCGGACCUGGAGCUCCAAUGGGCUAUGCUCCAGCUCCAGUCAUGUAUAGCAGUGCUCCACCGGCAUCACAAAGUGAACCUUUUAAGGAGGAGGUCAAGAUGGGGAAUAUGGCUUCCUCACCUGCAGAACCGCUGCUGACUCCACCAGCGGCUGAAGCUGCAUCCUAUCCCGUGGCUCCUGUGCCCCCUUCCUCCACCAACACCCUCAGCUCCACAGAUGGUGACCACAAGUUCCAGAUCGAUGGAACCAACAGCUCCACCAACUUCCUGUAGGAAAGCUGACUCUCGAAGCAGCUUCCUUCCUUUAAUGUUACAGUGCCCUGUCACCAUUCUGCAUCCCUCUGUUCAAAUCAGGGAUGCAAAAUUGUGCCGCUGGAAAUAAAAGGACAGCGUAGAUUCUGUUCUUUGCCUCCUUGCCUUGAUCAGCAUUAAUUCCCCCAACUGAGUUAAAAUGAAGAGUUAUUAGGCUGCAGUAUUAAAUCUGCUGCAAGAUUCUAGGACAGCAGUUUUACAGCUGUCAACAUUUAGGAGUUCGUUAUUCAGAGGUUAAGGUUGCAGAGGCGACGAGACAAAGACAGGAAGUGUUUUCCUGAAUUGUUAGCAUGUGAAAGAACUGGGUUAUUCACUUCACUAAAAGUUUAAGAUGUCAUUCACAUCACUAACAUGUUGUCAAUCUACUUUUUAACUGAGUUCAGUCAUGUUGAUAUCUUCUUUUUUUUUUUGCAUAUCUGAUUAGCGAGAGCUGACUUUUGAUGGAACAUGUCAGGAAACCAGAAACAAGUAAAUGAACUGUCAGAGGUUAGGAGUAGCAAAAGGAAAUCAGAAACCUGUGGCAGAAAGACUGAGGAUCACUCGGCAGUUUUCACUAACACCAGCUCAGAUGAGAGGUUUCACUGACAGAUGUGGACCCUGAGGUGUGUUCACACUUUGGAAAUGUUUGUAUGAGCUACAAACAGCCCAGUGGAUCUGACCAGAAGCUAGCAAAAGGCUAGUUAGUUUGUGCAUAUCCCAAAGUCACACAACCUUUAGAUACAUGUGAGUAUCUGGUCUGUCCUGUGUCCAUGUGCUCUGCGUGUUAUCGCUCCACAUUCAGUCUGAACACACCUCCAAUGACCUGGUCAUUGCAGGACCAGAUGUACAACACAACACGUGUGUGUGACACAAUGGUUGUGUAUCAUUAUUACUACAGUAGAGUCCUGCUCCCCUCUGUCCAGGGUUUGUUAUGUUGCAGGAUGUCAGAUUAGUUUUUUUUUUCUAAUGCAGUUAACUUGUGCAUUGAAUCAGACUUGUCAGCUAACAUUGGCUGACUAAUGCCGGUGAGUUUUGUAUAGAUCAGGUCAGGGACUGAUCAGUGUGUGAGCAGGACCAGGGGCCCCUGCAGGUGCACUGUACCUGGUGCCAGGUUUGCUGUUCUUGUGAAUCUGAAGCGAGUCUAUGAAUGACUGAAUUACUAAAACAUUUUCUAUACGACUCUACAAGUACAGGCCCUAGCUACAACAUGACUAGAUGUUCAAGGUCCAUGUUCUGAACUGGCUAAUCACAAUCCAACUGGUAAAUAGUGAACCAGGGUUUUUUUGGGCCGACUUUAAAUCCAGGCCCUAUAUUAUGCCAGGGAAUUGCUAAAACUAUAGCUACCUCGUUUUUUGAUCCUAUGCCUCCUAGGUCAGCUCAUUCAGGAUAUGCUAAUAGUUGCUAUGAAUUUGUGUGUCACAGUCAAAUUGAAGAUAUUAACACUGUGAUUCCAUCCAAAUGAACUGGUUUUGCUGCCAAGUGUGGCUGUUGUAACCAAUAACGGCUAAACCACAAGAAUGUGACCAGACGAACCACUUUGACUGCCUUCAGUGUGACCUCUUGCCUUCUUACUAUUACAGCAAAAAACAAACAUAUCACUCAUCAUCCUUCCACAGCUUUUGAUACUUGUGUCCCAGACAAAUCUCACUCCGGAAAAUGUAGCUUUGUGAUAUGAACAUCUGGGGAUAUGUAUACAAUGAUUUUCAGUGGUGCUGCUUUUACCCUGAAGGUGACAGUGGCCUCAUUUCUCCUCCGUCUAUAUUAUUGGCUGAGUUUUCACUUGGACAGCAAAAUAAAAGCUGUGGUUUUAAGCUUUGAUGAUCCUAACAUGUAGCAACAGGAAGACAUACUGUGUUUUCAUUAAGUUGAAAAUCUUUAGAUUUUGUGUGUGUACUAGUACUUCUAUCUAUGGACCACUAUUGGACCAUAUGGGGUGAGGGAAUUUUGACCAAUCUUCUUGUUCUGACCUUUUAAGAUCUGUUUGGGGGUCAAUACUCGUUACAAGAUAGUUAGUCCCCUCACAAAGAUAGAAAUAUAUUUGUGUGUGUGUAAAAUGUAACAAAUAUAAUUCACUUAGUGUAGUUGUAGUUAAAGGUUGUGGAUGUUACUGGAGUUGGGGCUCCACAUCCACUUUCUGCCAGUGAACUCUGACAUUGGCCUCCUACCUCUCAUUUUGUAUUUCUUCAUGCUUUUUAUGUACAAUGUAACGUCUGAAUAAAGUGGCAUUCUGGAGUUCCUCAA